UCUCCUGAGCUGCUUAGAAGUAAAAGUUUAAAUAGGUUUUUUAUUUUCAGUGAGUCCUGCUGGCAACAGGCUCACUGCAUCGCGGGACUAAGGGGAGAAGAAGCGAACUCACCUGACUGCAGAGUGGAUUGGGCUUCUUGGCUACUGGACAUUAGCUCCAGAGGGACGAUCACAGGUUCAGCCUGGAUGGGUCCCGGAGCCGCGCCGCCGGCCCCCUUACAGAGCCAGAAGAGCGAAGAGGUCCGGAGAAAGCGGCGGCAGAAGACGUUCCUGUCUUCAAAUAAGGUGUUACAGCCCUGAACUCAAAAUAAAGAACAUAUAACCAGGAAAGGGAGACCCCUGACUGAAGGCACAUGAGCUCCCAGGAAUCAGCAGCCCCACAGGGCUCGGAGCCCAGUGAUCCUCUUGCGGGUGUACUUAUUGAGGACAAGAAUAAAUUUAAGACAUGCAGUCAGAUUGGAUUCUACAGAAGGCAAAAACUCUUUCACCCGGAUCAGUCACUAUACCUGGCUCAGUUGGACACACUGAAAGUAGAGAAUGGCAUUGUCACGCUCAAUAUCAUUCAUCAGGAAACAAAGGUCCCACUGCAGCUUCAGAUUAUCGCAAUUGAGGGAAAUAUAUUAAGACUGAAAAUCAAUGAUGUUUUUCCAUCAAAACCCAGAUUUGAGGUUCCUGAUGUUUUGGUGAAGGAACCAACCGCUCAGUGGCUGAAAAUCUCCCAGCAGGAAACAGGCAGCGUGAUUCUGGAAUGCCCAAGUGCCUCUAGUAAAGUGCACAUCACUGCCCAUCCCUUCUCUAUGCUGGUAACUCAGGAAGACAAGGCCCUGAUUGGUGUCAAUUCCCAGGGACUGUUGUACUUUGACCAUCUGCUCUCACCACCACCAAAGAGUGAGCGGAGAGAGACAGCCCUUGAAGUUCCGCAGCCUUCCUCUGAGGAACUGUUUGGACUCUGGAGAGAAGAGUUCGAAAACGAUCUGGACAUGAAAUUAAACGGUGGCUCUGUAGGGCUGGAUUUUACCUUGCAUGGGUUUGAAUAUGUUUGCGGCAUUCCAGAACAUGCAGAGACACACUGGCUGAAAAACACAGGGGAAAGUGACGCUUAUCGACUCUACAACUUGGAUGUAUUUGGGUACCCAAUCUUUGAUAAAAUGGGCACAUAUGGAUCUGUGCCCCUGCUGCUAGCACAUAAUCCUAUACAGACCUGUGGAAUUUUCUGGCUGAAUGCAUCAGACACUUUAGUAGAAAUCAAGUCGAAAGCAGCCUUACAGUCUCAUUUGCGCACAACUUCUCCUGAUACCCCAAAACUAAGGGCAGUACCCAAAGUGGACGUUAGAUGGAUGUCAGAGAGUGGGAUAGUGGAUGUCUUCUUGUUACUGGGACCUGCACCUCAGGAUGUGUUUAAACAAUAUGUACAACUAACAGGUGGUCAGGCCUUUCCUCCUCUGUUCUCACUGGGUUAUCACCAGUGUCGCUGGAACUAUGAGGAUGAGGCAGAUGUUGACGCUGUGGAUUCAGGUUUUGAUGAACACAAUGUCCCCUAUGAUGUCAUCUGGUUGGACAUUGAGCACACGGAUGGAAAGAGAUAUUUUACCUGGGACAAGAACAGGUUUCCAGAUCCUCUCAAGAUGCAAGAGAAACUGCGGGAGAAAAGACGCAAACUAGUUGUCAUCUCUGACCCUCACAUUAAAGUGGAUCCAGGCUACACCUUGUACACUGAGGCCAAAGAAAAAGGGUACUUUGUGAAAGACCGUGAUGGACGGGACUUUGAGGGCAACUGCUGGCCAGGUGUCUCCUGUUAUCUGGACUUUACAAACCCUGCAGCCCGGGAAUGGUACUCCUCUCAGUUCUCACUUGAUAAAUACAAAAACUCCACAGAUAUCUUGUUUGUUUGGAAUGAUAUGAACGAGCCCUCAGUCUUUAAAUCGCCUGAAGGAACCAUGCCAAAGCAUGCAGUGCAUCACCAGGGAUGGGAACACAAGGAUCUCCAUAAUCUCUAUGGGUUCUACCAGCAAAUGUCCACAUCAGACGGCCUGAUUCGACGGUCAGGGGGGCAGGAGAGACCAUUCGUCCUGACAAGGUCUUUUUUUGCUGGAUCUCAGCGUUACGGUGCAGUAUGGACUGGAGAUAACAAAGCAGAGUGGGGGUAUCUGAAAAUCUCUGUCCCAAUGUUGCUUACUCUCAGUGUGACGGGGAUAUCCUUCUGUGGAGCUGAUGUUGGCGGUUUUGUUGGAGAUCCAGAUCCUGAGCUAAUUGUCCGCUGGUACCAGGCCGGCUCCUUCCAACCUUUUUUUCGAGGUCACGCUAUGAAAGACACAAAGCGCCGGGAACCAUGGCUGUUUGGUGACGAUAAUUGUAACAUAAUCAGGAAAGUGAUAAAGGAACGCUAUUCUCUGCUCCCAUAUUGGUACCUACUCUUCUACCGAACACAUCUGUUUGCUGAGCCAGUGAUGAGACCUUUGUGGGUAGAAUUUCCUCAGUGUGCAGAUGCCUUUGAAGUGGAAAAUCAGUAUAUGCUAGGAAACGGUUUACUGGUUGCCCCAGUGUUAGACCCUGGCGUCACUUCCAUCGAUGUGUUCUUUCCUGGCCCAGGAGAGUACUGGUACAACUUUAGGAAAUAUGAGCGUGUUAAGGGAUCACACAGACAAGAAGUGGACGUGACUUUGGAAGAGAUUCCAGUAUAUCAGCGCGGUGGCUCCAUUAUCCCCCUGCACACAGUUACUGGAAAGUCCACAGGCUGGAUGGCUGGUUCUCCAUAUGAGCUACAUGUAGCACUGGAUAGGAAGGGAUCGGCUGUAGGGGAGCUCUAUGUAGAUGAUGGUCACUCCUUGCAGUACCUUCACCAGCACAUGUUCAGCUACAGAAGAUUCACUUUUACUAAGAAUGUCCUGUAUUCCAGAUCUGCAGACAAAGUAGGACGUUACCCCGUGGAUUCCAUCCUGGAAAAAGUUCAUGUAAUUGGUGUAAAGAGAUCACCUACUGAAGUCACCGUACAUAACACUGGAGGAGAGAGGAAGAAGGUGAACUAUGUCUACAGGAAAGAGGUCUCUGUCCUGAGCCUGGAGAACUUGUCCCUGGGGGUCUGCGCAGACUGGGAGAUCCACAUCACCUGAUGUGACACUCUGAGUUGCCCGGGAUGCUGCUGCCUCGGUGUAGCCGGGAUCCCCUGUAACAGUUAGAUUAUAUAUGUGUAUUUUAAUGCAGAUCAUUUUUUUCAAUUAUACGCAUUAACAGGUAACCCUGAUAUCACCUGUUUUUGUUUUUAUUUUGCACUAUUGUGGGCUUUUAUUUUCUUAAAAUGUAUAAAAUUUGCCAGUACAGUGGUUCCCAAACUGUUUUGAAUCACGGCGCUUUAGAGUAGCAGAAUGUUUCUCACAGCACCCCUAGGCCAAAAGUUUCUUAGUGAGAAAUUUUAGUUAAAAAUAUGACAUUUAGUAAAUUGUGUUUGUGUGUCAUCCUUAGGGUCAGUUGUGUGGUGAGGGACAGGAUUUGCUUCUGUCUGUCCACAUAUGUUAUGAGUGGCAGCCACCAGCACCGGUUUUACCUAUUACAUUGACCUUAACUAAUUUGAAUUGGUCCUGGACCACCAAUCCAAGGCACCCCAGCAAGUGCCCUUAAGCACCCCAGGGUGCAAUGGCACACAGUUUGAGAACCACUGUGCUAGUGUAUUGAAUCAAUGAUAAAUGUGCAGUUCAUUUUUAGAGCUCAAAAUGGCCAAGAUAAUGGAAAAACCAAUACAAGAAUAAAAUGUUUUACUGAAAUAGA